AUGACACGAUCACCAUCUGCAGAGGCAGCCAGGCCCUCCUCCAAGAGAAAAGGUACCAGGAGUGUAUCGACCCUCACGCCUUCGCAGCUGGCUAGGAAACGGGCGAACGAUCGGGAAGCCCAACGCGCCAUUCGGGCUCGUACCAAGGAGCAUAUCGAGCGACUGGAGAGGGAGGUGGAGGAGCUCAAGGGAAGACAGAGCCGAGACGAAACUGUUAGGGGUCUGACCAAGCGAAACAAGGCCCUUGAGCGGGAGCUGAUGGCACUGAGAGAACGUCUUGGCACUCAAGGCCGCCCAUAUCCAGCACCAGGUAUGCUUAUGGGGAACAUGUGCGAGCCUCCGUUGCAGGGUUUGACAGUCUCGGGUUCAGGCUACGACUUAGACGGGCUGCCGGCGGCCGCUAGAUCCGGGGUGUCUAGUCGGGCCUCGGCCGAAUACAACACGGUCCCUGCCUUCCGGGGUUCCUACCUGCCCACGCCUGAGCCUUGCGACUCGUGGUCCUCGGUAGUCCCCGUUUCUUCAGUUUCGGUACCUUCAGUGGUCUCCAGCCCCUGUUCGUCUACCGGCUAUCCCGACGACUACGUGCCAGGCUAUAUUCCCACUAGUGUGCCCUCGACAAUGAUGGAAAACAACGUCAUUAACCCUUCCACGAUUUCCUGUCUGGAUGGCAGCAAGGUAGAAUACGAAGAACUCGACGCCGGCGCCGAUCAAGGGUAUUCUCACACCAGCGUGCGACAAACUUCAAACUACCUUCAGCAGCAAUCCUGGAACAUGUACCCGACAGCUGCGUACUAUUCGCAGUCACCGAGUCUUUGA